AAUUUAAAAUUCCAAAACAACACAAUAUGAAAUUCAACAUUCUAUUCAUCGGUGUAAUUGUGGCAAUAGUGCAAGUCAAGGCCGAUAUGGAAGAGGAGUUUGAUCAAGUGAACAUGGCCUGCCGUGAGGAAACCCAGGUCAGCGAGGAGGACUUAAAUAGUUUCUUUCAAAAUUAUAAUAUAAAGCCCCAGGAAGCUAUAAUGUGUUUCUUAAAAUGUAAUAUGGAAAAACAGGGGUACUGGAAAAGCGGCGCCUUUGAUGAAAUUGCUGCGAAAGAGUUUCUACUAGACAUGCCUGAAUUAAAAGAUCAAGAGGAUGCUGUAAACAAGUACAUAGAUGAUUGCAAAAAUCAAAAGGGUUCAACGGAAUGUGAGACUGCCUAUUUGAUUACCAAAUGCAUGACCGAACAUGAAGCUCUUAUAAUGUGAAGUUCGCCAAUUUGAAAGAACAAAUUUCUAAAUAAACAUA